GCUUCAAUAAUGCUUAAAAUACUUUCAUUUUAACAAAGUUUUUGUGAAAGUUGUGGGAGAUAUAUAUAGCAAAACACGUCGCUGCCUGCCAAGCUGAAACGCCCUUUCAAGAAUACCUUUCAUUGAUUAAACACGUAACAUGAAUUUAGAAACUGGUCGGGUAAGAUCUUUACACACAACCUUGUGAUCUCAAUUGACCUCGAUGAACCUGAAGAAUUUUCCGUCAUCGCUCUGAAUGAGUAUUAUGCAUUCUGGAGAGGCAGACCCGAUAGUAUUGAAGUGACAUUUAAAAUCUUCUAGGGUUAUGACUUGAGAGAAACCAUCAUGUUUCUUCCUAUUCAGUAUGGACGCAUUGUGCACUUAUUAUCUCUAUUUGGAAUUCUUCAUGCUUUGCCAAGCUGGGAACAACUCGAGAAGAACUUGACCCAAAACAAUUUUGAUAUACCCCCAUGGACUUAUACAGGUAAUUCAACCCACAUAUCUACACAACUUCUUUUCACCCACGUACAGUCGGCGACAUUAUCGGAAUUGGGAAGCUCUUUUCAUCUAAUUCAAGAAUGGGAGGAUAUCCGUCUAAGAUACAACGCAAAUUCUGUCCAAUUUGCGGGGAAAUAUGUGUUACUGGACUUGGAUAAAUAUGUGUAUAUAUGGACACCUGAUAGUUACAUACACAAUGCCAUAUCUGAACUGCAGCACAGCGUCACCAAACCAAAUGUAUUCAUCCGCAUCUAUCCCAAUGGAACACUGGUAAAAAGUACUAGAUUAACAGUAAGAACACCAUGUCCCCUGACGUCAGUUGGCUUUCCGCAUGGUUCUCAGAUAUGUACAAUGGUGUUUAAAAGCUACUCCUUUACAACAUCUGAAGUGAAUAUGAUUUGGAGUCAUCCUAACCCGAUCAGAUACAGUGACGAGUUUUCCACCAGUGGCUUAAAAGUUGCCAGUGUUACAGAAACAGACUGUCCCCAAAAAUCAAGAGAAAGUCCAUGUUUGAAACUCCAAGUCGGUAUAAUACGGGACUUUAGUCAACUGAUUUUACGUAUCUACGUCCCAAGCGUGUUUUUAGUGAUUCUGGGAUGGAUGAGCAUGUGGAUUGACAAGGGCCAAGUUGGCGCGCGCACCAGUCUGGGUGUGUUAUGUGUACUCUCUAUAGUAACGCAACUAGUGGGCGUGGUUUCACUUGGGAGUGGGCUUGAAGGCUUAAUUGCAGUUGACAUUUGGAUGGCAGCUUGUAUGUUCUUUACAAUUAUUGCACUCUGUGUGUUUGCUGUGGUACACAAUAUGAAGCGAAGGAAGGAUAAAAAUAAACAAAAAUACAAGGUGGGAUCUGAAGACGAAGAAGGGGCAUCUUGUUGUGACGUCCAACAUGGAAGACUUCAAAAUAUAUUCAGAGUUGUCUACCCUCUCUUGUUUAUAAUAUUUAACGUUGUGUAUUGGAUAUAUUUUUUAUCGGUAGAUUAAUAUCCCAAUUUAUUACAGAACGUUUAGUACAUGUAUUUUUCUAUCAAUAAUUACACUUGAUUCUCUUGUUGGAAUAUGUCUGCAUAAAACUGACUCACUAGAAGCGGGGAAUAUCGAUUUCCAGGGUCUCUCCCUCCGUUUGUCUGUCACUCUGUUUGUAAAACUUAAGUUUCUGGACAAAAUCCAAAAAAGUCCUUUAGCUUUUGCAAUGAAAUUCUUGUUCUUAACUUCCUGUGGCUUGAAAAAGACUCCUAUUGAUUUUUAUGUCCAAAGGUCAAGGUCAGAUUCACAUAUUGUAGAGAAUGGUUUCCGGAUGAUAAGUAUACAUGUAGUUCUCUGAUUUUUUGCAAUGAACUUUUAUAUCAAAACCCUCUAUAACUUAAAGAAAACCUCUAUUGAUACUAAGUUCAAGAUCAAAAAUACACAUUUUGCAUUAAAUGGUUUCCAGAUGAUAACUUAAAAUUUUUGAGCUCUUGAAAUAAAAUUUAAUGCGAUGAAUCUCUUUAUGUAAAGAAAGACCCCAUAUUGAUUUUUUAACCGAAAGGUCAUGCUCAAUCAUCCCUUUCUUUCUCCAUCUGCAUUUUAAGGUUUUCCACCUUUUAAUUUACCCUUAAUUGGGGAACAUAAAUUCCCUGAAUUAGCUUGUUAAUUCACAAUUAUAUAUGAAUAAUAAUUCGGUACUUUAGUUUAACUCAGAAUGUGGAUUCAUGUUUUUUAAAGGGUUAUUUGUCUAUAAAACAUACUAGUUCACCUUUGCAUCAUAAGGACCUACAUACAUGUAUAGUAAUAUUGAUACAUAUAUAUUUCAUUGUUAGUACGGGUUCAUUUUUAUUAAUGUGCCAUGACAUUAUUUUGCCUUAAAUGUAUGAAGACUGAAUGAGAUAAAUUUUUAACAAAUUUUAUUUCAAAUAAAUUCUUGUAUUUAUUGUAU